ACUCAACUUGCUUUUGCAUUUUCGUUUGUGAUAGUAAUUAAUCAAUGAUACCUACACCUGAUACUGAUGAAUUGAUGGUAAUUGAUAACCCGUCGAAUGGGACAAAACACGCGGGAGCCCCGCCUCCGCGGUGGUUCAGCCCUACGAGGGGCAAAGGGCCAGGUACAUAGCGUAGCACGUCCCGGCCUAGCACUUGGAAGUACCUGGAGCUUCAUUCCAUUCCCGCUCAACAUAACUACCACAUAACUACCUCCCAUUCUUCCUCCUCCAUACACACAACAACAAUGCCACCCACACCCACGUCCUACCUCCCCCACGACCAAGGUCCCCGCCUCAUCAUCUACGCGCAAACAUUCCACUCCCCGACCGGCGAAUACCACUCCCUCCUCCCGCUCCUGACCUCCAACUCCGGCCUCACGCACCUCAUCAUCGCCGCCAUCCACCUCAACUCUGACCCCUCGGCCCUCACCCUCAACGACCACCCGCCCUCAGAUCCACGCUUCUCAACCCUCUGGACCGAAACCCAAUGGCUCCAAGGCGCCGGCGUCAAAGUCCUCGGCAUGCUCGGCGGCGCCGCGAAGGGGUCCUACGAGCGUCUCUCAGGCCCGACCUCCCAAUUCGAAGCCUACUACGCACCCCUCCACGCCAUGAUCCUUGCCCACAAGCUCGACGGCCUCGACCUUGACGUCGAAGAAGAGACCUCGCUAUCAACCAUAACGCGCCUGAUCUCGCGGCUACGCACCGACUUCGGCCCCUCCUUCAUCAUCACCAUGGCGCCCGUGGCCACCGCCCUGAUCCCCGACCCGCGCGUGCAGCCCGCUGCCCCGCGACCCACGCUCGCAUCGUCGCCGCCGGGCCCGAACCCUCUGCACCCGAGUCUGCCGCACUUGUCUGGGUUUUCGUAUGCGGAGCUGGAGGCGAGUGCGUGGGGGAAGGAGGUCGCGUGGUAUAAUGCGCAGUUCUACUGCGGGUGGGGGGACGCUGGAUCGACGCAGUGGUACGAGGCGAUUGUGUCGAGUGGCGGGUGGGAUCCGCAGCGCGUGGUGCUGGGCGUGGUGACGAAUCCUGCCAACGGGGCGGGCCAUGUUGGGGUGGAGAAGUUGGCGGAGGUGUGUCGGGCGCUGAGGGCGAGGUAUAGGGAUGGGGAGGAGGAUAGGUUUGGUGGGGUCAUGGGCUGGGAGUGGUUUAAUACCGGGAUGGGUACGGACGAGGAUAUGUGCCAUGUGCUGGAUAUUGUGCCAGACGUCGAUGUCGUAGCGGCUGGGUGGGUGAGCGUUCUGGGGAGGGUGCUGAGAAAUCGUCUCCCUCCUGUUGCUGCUCAGCAAUCGAAAAGUGGUGCUGGUGGAGGAUUUGGGGGAUACACGGCCGAACAGAUCAGACAGAUGGUCCUGCCGAAGCAACAAGAGCAGCAGCGGAACAUAACACAGACACAGGGAGGCAACGGACAGACAGACACAUCAAGCACGACUACGACGACCGACCGCGACACGAAAUGGCCCGAAGAAACAGUCGCCUCCCUCGUAAGCCUAGGCUUCGACAGACGGUCCGCGAUCGCAGCCCUGGACGCCACGGACGGCAACGUCGACCUCGCCGCCGGAUUUCUAUUCGACUGAGCGAGUGGUCGAGCGGAUGAAGGAAUCUCCAAAGGAAGUGGAAACCGCCAUGAUGCAUUGAAUCGAAUCAUGCACACAAUGUACGCGGACGGUACACCCAGCGCCUGAUAUCACGCCAGGUAUAAACGGAGAGGCACCACUGUCAAUCUGCAUACAUACAUUACAAACAAUACCUGCGCCACGGGCCAUUACCACCCAUGCCAGUUACAGUCGCCACCUGUUCUAGGAGCAAAAGAGAAAGAAGAAGCGCCGCGGAGCAAGCAAGACAAAGCAAAUUCUCGUAGAGGCCAUUCCGAUCGAUCAUCCCGAGGAACAGACAGACGACUGACGUCUACGGAGGAGGAAGG